AUGCCUUCGGCUGUCUCUAAUCAGAAGAAUUACUACACCACUCACCACCGACGGCAAUCGUCUCUGUCGCAGACUAACCUCACGGACCAGAUCGUCGCUUCUCCAACCCAGGUCACCUCACCCUCCCAGUCACUUGUCUUUCUGCCCUCAACUGCCUACCAACCACAGGUACCGGCACCGCGAACAAGAACCCCUUCUCUAUCUACCACCGCAUUAUCCAACAUAAGGCUCGACUUGGCUCGGGAGGAAAAUGUGAUCAACGAUCCCCAUGAGUUCUAUCGACGGUAUCAGGAUCCUUUCGUCAACAGCGCACCCAUCGGGUCACAUCAAGAGGGCAUAAGAACCACUGCAGAUGAACAAGAGGUAGCGCAAUAUACAAGUCGAAAGUCAAGUUUUGCAUCCUCACAGGCAAAUGAUGAUCGGGGUCAAAGAUCAGUCAGAAAUUCGGUUAGUGCCCGAAAGCUCUCAGUGAACACCCAACAAACGCAGUUGGAGGGAGUCAACUCAAAAUCUUCCAGCUCUGCGCCAAAUACAUUAAGGUCGAGAAAAACAUCCUUCAAAGAUCUGGUGGCUCGCUUCGACGCCUCUCCAGAUGAAGUCCCGCCUUUGCCUACCCAGCAAAUCUCUCGUCCGUCAUCGAGAACUGCAAGUCCGAUGUCAGGUUUUGCCAAUGUGGAAUUUGGUCAUUCUGCCGGCACCGGUACUCAGCCCAAACGGCCAUCCUCAAGACUGUCAGAAUCUUAUCGAAGAAAUGGCAGUGCAUCGGCGUCUACUGGAAUACCCAACACCAAGUCCCUCACUGGUCGAAAUAGAACUUCAUCAUUGGCAAGCGGAUUGACCAAAAGUGUGACCCACCCAGAGUCCUCUCAGAGUGGUCGUAAAUUGUUGUUUGGUGAAGUUCUGCCAUCGGUUUCUCAGACCGCUGCCGCAGGCUACGGCAUUGCUAAUGUACGGAGACGCCGUGGCUCAGAAGGGUCUCCGAUGCACAGUCCUAAUCCGAUGUUCCCAUCUAAUUCCUCCACUUCGACUAUUCAAAGACCUCCGUCAACCUCAUCACAGAUUCUCCAACCUCCAACCUCUAGUCAAUCACAUGUCGGCUUAAGCCAAGAAGCACAGUCCCAUCGAUCACAUCGUCGGGCACAGAGUGACUUCGCUAACCCUUCAAUCAGAACUUCUGGUCGACAGGGAGGGAUUGUGUCAGCUGUAAAUUUUGAAACUGCGCUGAGCUCACCGGACUCGACUGGUGACGGUACGAGUAAGGUCAAUGGUCAAUCACGAAUACCCGUUAGCACACGUCAUCAGCGCAUGGCUUCCGACUCUGCAACCAUGUCAACUAUUAAUGCACAUCCCGCCUUCGUCUCACAGCUACCUCUGCGUAAUUUGGCCAGCUCACAACCGAGAUUCAAUCCCGCUCCAUCUGGUGACCGCAAGGCAGCCAGUCCAAAGAGAAGGCCUCGAUCCCCUAUCCAAAUCAAAAGCCCUGGACGGCGCGGCAAGGAGAUUACAGCCAGCAGCGAGAAAAGCCCUUCGCUUCGAGCAAACAUCAUAGCACCUCCACCUAAGAUCUCUCCUCCAUUAAGAAGCUCUCGGCCCCGGCUUCCAGUCUCCUCUGCCAGUACAGCGGCAUCGAGAGCAAAAAUUGCAGACAAGUUCCAGAUCAUGGCUAAAGAACAAAGUGACAAGAGAGGCUAUCGGCGACAGCGACCACCCGAGUUGAGCGACAUCGAUCUCAAAGCCCGAAGACUUAAAAUCACGCAGGCACUGAGUAGAUCAAGGGAAGGUGAGGAUCUCAGAACUGGUGAUUUCAAAACUCACGAUAGCUCGAAAAGUCGUACAAAUAGCAUGACUCCAUCCUUUUCAGGUUCGAACAACGAAAAUCCAAGCUUUCCUGAUCACAUUGACAUCCCAGCAGUCGUGGUCAACUUUUCUGGCCCACCUACAGAUAUGUCGGAAGAACGAGCUUUUUACACACCGGAUGAUCAAUCUGCACGAGACCGCACAACAUAUACUCAAAAUGCUCUCAGGAUUGUCGAGUCAAACUCCAGACAACCAGCUGCGGAGGUCGACUCACCAACUUUGGGUCAUGCAGAAUCAGCAUUCGGUAGCAUUCCCUUCUCAUUGAACACGCAAUUAGUGCCUACCAUGCUUGAGCAAGAACCCUCAUCUGCGCUCACUGAAGAUACAAUAGCAACCGAAGCAACCAUGAUUGACAUGGAGCCACAGACCGAUGCUUCGAGAUUGCAAACCCCUGCGCAAUCUCUAUAUGCACAGAUCAGCGCUUUCCGGAGUCAAGAUUCCAACUCUCCUAUGUCUGCGAGUUCGCAAGCAUCAGGUGAGCUUUCUGAUCAUGCAGAUGGGGUUUCGGUUCAGCUAGGGCUGCGGGAGACGACGUAUCUCGAUGACGUCGAAGCAGCUGAAAAGGGCUAUCGACCCUUCUUAGCCAGUGCUGGAUCUGACAUUGCCACAUCACGCAGUAAUGGAAGAAGCUCUUGGACGUCGUCAAUUGAUGAGUUGCCAGAAUCUGAAUCUGGUGAAAACACCCUCCCAGUCCAUGGACUGUCACAACCGCCAAAUCAACCGCCAGCAGACCCUGGUUCCACCUCACUCUCUGAUUCGAUACAUUCUAGCAAUCAGGAUGACUCCCAGGAAGAGCCUGGUGAGCUUGAUGUCUACACGAUCGUCAACAUUGUUCUUCAACAGCAGACCCCCUCAGGAGUGGUUGACCAACAGUUGGUUGAUGACAUCUAUCAUCGCAUCAUCCAAGUUGCCCCAGAUCUAGCAAGCACUGAUGCUGUUGAUGAUGACACAAUUCGACAGCUCUGUUUGCAUGAGCUUGAGAACUAUCACAAUCAGUGGGACGAACCAGAGUCAUCACGGCCACAGUCGGCCGACUACAGCCAUUCCGAUGACUUGACAGACGCACAUCGUAACGCAAACGAGAAUGCUGAUGGGAUUACCAACGAGCAGACUGACGAGAAUAGUCAUACUGAACCAUUUCCAAAAUCUAAAAGCAAAGAGCCAGCACUUCCGCCCUCGAGUUACCGUGGCCACCACUACAAGUCAAGUCUUGAUAGUGCGGAAGAUUGGGCUGAAACUUCGCCGUCUGUGGGAGACUGGAUACAAUUUGCUCUCAAAUCACCAGUAGAAAACCAACAAGUUCGACCACAAUCUACACUGUCCCGUGAAGUUACUCGGCAAGACCACAUCGCUACAAGUUCAGUCAAUGCAGAGGACGAGCAAGCUCCUGGGCCAGUCUGGAAUUCACAUGUUGAUGACUCUCCAACAUUAGGGGUUGGUCGUGACAUUCCACGUCCACCUUCACACUCUCCCCCACCGCCUCCGACGACGAUCUUGCCAUCAAUUGAUCAAACUGCUCAUUCCGCACCCGCAGGUAUCACGCCACCUGAGACUCAGACAUCACAGCCAACCAGACCACACACCACCGUGUCGAUGUCAGCCAGAUCUAGUCUCGACCAUCACGGAGUUCCUUCGAGUUCGAGCAUGAACAGACCGUCCGAGGAGAGCAAUAUUAGUCCUGAUCAACGACGCUUGAACAAGCGACGACAUAUACUGAAAGAGCUCGUCGACACCGAGUACACUUACGAACGAGACAUGAGGGUGCUUUGCGAUAUUUACAAACAGACUGCUGUGGUGGCCAUUAGUGAGGAAGACACCAAAAUCAUUUUUGGCAAUGUCGAAGCUGUGCAACACUUUGCCAAGGAUUUCCUCGCUUUAUUGAAACAAGUCGUAUGGCCUGCCUACAUCAUAGACAAGGCAGACAAGCGGAAAGACGGCAAUCGUGUCUCAACCGUUCAGGGCUCAGGCGCAUCUAUCGAUGGACUGGCUGACAUGACUGAAGCUGAGAAGGAUGAGGUGACCAGAGUCGGACACGCCUUUGAGGUUUCGAUGAGUGAUAUGGAAAAAGUCUACAGCGAAUAUGUUCGUACUCGCCAUCCUGCCAACAAGAGACUCCAAGCUCUGAGCACAAACAGCGCUGUGGACGAGUGGCUCAAGGAGUGCAGUGCCAACUCUAGUGAUAUUACGAAUGCGUGGAGUCUGGACGCGCUUUUGGUCAAGCCUAUCCAACGCAUCACCAAAUAUCCGUUGUUGCUGAGUCAGCUGGUGGACGCAACACCUUUGACACAUCCUGACUAUGAGUUCAUUCGAAAGGCACUGGUUGAGGUUACGGAAGUGAACAUUCGCAUUAAUGAUGUGAAGAAACACACAGAAAUUGUUGACCAAGUCCUCAAUAGAAAACGAAAGGAGUCGGACGUCCGCACUGGGUUGACCAAGGCGUUUGGUAGACGAGCGGAGAAACUCAGACAGCACGUGGGCAUCAACGAGAUAUAUGAAGAUCCGGAGUAUGCCAAGAUCAAGAUCAGCUACGACAACAACAUUGCUCACCUGUUUCUUGUCACCAAAGACUGUCAAGGGUAUAUCGAGGCCAUGAAAGAAUGGGUUGAUCGAAUUUGUGGAAUAGCAGCAGCGGCCGAAACUUGGGUUGAUGUUGGCCACACCAGCUAUCCACAAGCCGAGAGCAAAUUACGACAAUUUGCCAUUGUGGUUCGCGGCGUGCACUCUAUCGCACUUCCUGAUCAUAUUGAGCAGGUGACAAAGAGAGUAAUACAGCCCAUGGAGAAAACAGCAACCAUGCUGGAACGGUUCAAGGUUGAUUCCAAAGGUCUUAUCCAGAAGCGAGAGAAGAGGCUACUGGAUUAUAAUCAAUUCAAGAACAAGAGAGAUCGCGGUGAGAAAAUGGACAAGAAAAUGACCGAACGGAUGGAGCAGUGGGAGGCUCUAAAUCUUGAAGCCAAAGAAAGAAUGAAGCGUCUACACAGCUCGACGGCAGACCUCGUUCUUGCAUGCCAAGCGAGUUUGAUCGAGCUUCAGAAGAGCUGGCUACAGAUGUGCAAGGUCAAGUUUUCGGCAGCGAUGGAACUUGAUCUGAAUCACCUGGAACCUGCGGAAAUUAUGAAAGAAUGGCAAGAGGAGUUUGAUCCACAGCAUGUCUACGCCAUGACAUUGAGCAUCUGCAAUGGAACACUACUAGCAGAAGCCAUCAAUCUCUUGUCAUUCUUGAGUCCAGGAACGACCUUGACUGGUGACGAUUCUCCACGCCAGCCAUCAUGGAAUAGCAGUGUGAAAAGAUCUGCUUCGACCAAUGAAGGAUUAAUCCACGCUUCGAUGUCAGAUCAUCACCAUCGAUACACUGAAGGUCCUACCAGUCCUAACAGUGACGAUCGUAGUGAUCAUACCUCGUUCACAUUUGCCAAUGGACGGAUUCGUGCACCAUCUGCAGCGUCAGGGAGACCACCGAAAACCCCUGAAGCUCUUCCACGAAACGUGACGGCUACAUCACUUCAUACUACGCACAGCGGGAACAUAUCUCGGCCAGGCACUAGCCUCGAACAUUCAGACGACUACUUACGUUCUGCGCCGCGGGUGAGCCUAGAAGCACCGUCUCCAACGAUAGGAGCACUCUUCACCGAAUCGUCAGCGGCUGCCAAGCAUGCCUCGACGUCUACUUUCUAUUCAGCGGCUCCGGGUCCGUCACAUUCACAGCACCAGUUGCCACCAAGCAGAGGCAGCGUCUUCUCUUCAGCGAUGCCCAUGGACGAGAGCAAUGGCACGCCGAAUGAGGGUGCUCCAGAAACAGAAGCUGAUAGGGAGCCCGGUGUACUUUUCACAGCGGCCAGUGUCUACGAGUUCAAUAUUGAUCGGUCUCGACAGCAAGGUGGAUUCCGGUAUCUCACAUAUGUGACUGGAGAGAUCUUCGAUGUGAUUGCAGAACAUGGUGAGUUGUGGCUAGCAAUCAAUCAAGACGAUGACACUCGUGAGAUUGGGUGGAUAUGGAACAAACAUUUUGCGAAGUUGGCAACAUGA